AUCCCUGUUGGCUGCUCAGCCAGGCUUCAUGGGAAAUCCAGCUUGGAGCACAAACCGAGGACUACACAGGAGCUGGUGGCUCAAAAGAAGUUUCCUCAUCCAGUGGCCAUGGGUGGCAACAGUGGACAAACUGGAGUUCACACCUAUAAAUCCCUCCCUGAGGAUGAACCAUUUGGCUCUGUGGAACUGCCUAAAAGACCCAGGGGCAGACUCAUCAUGCACAGCCUGGCCAUGUUUGGCCGGGAGUUUUGCUAUGCAGUGGAAGCAGCUUACGUGACCCCAGUCUUGCUCAGCGUGGGCCUGCCCAAGAGCCUGUACAGCGUGGUGUGGCUCCUCAGUCCCAUCCUGGGAUUCCUGCUGCAACCCGUGGUUGGAUCGGCCAGCGACCACUGCCGGUCCAGGUGGGGCCGGCGGAGACCCUACAUCCUCACUCUGAGCAUCAUGAUGCUCUUGGGCAUGGCCCUCUACCUCAACGGAGAUGCUGCUCUAUCAGCUUUGAUUGCAGACCCCAGGAAGAGGAUGAUUUGGGCCAUUAGCAUCACUAUGAUGGGUGUGGUUCUCUUUGAUUUUGCUGCUGACUUCGUUGAUGGGCCCAUCAAAGCCUACUUAUUUGAUGUCUGCUCCCAUCAGGACAAGGAAAGGGGCCUCCACUACCACGCCCUCCUCACAGGUGUUGGAGGUGCCUUGGGUUACCUUUUGGGUGCCAUAGACUGGGCCCAUCUGGAACUAGGAAGAGUGCUGGGCACAGAAUUUCAGUUCAUGUUCUUCUUCUCCGCCUUGGUGCUCACUUUGUGCUUUGUGGUUCACCUGUGCAGUAUCCCUGAAGCUCCACUCAAAGAUGGUGCAAAGGACUUACUUCCCCAGCAAGCUGUCCAGGACCCUCCAUUGUCAUCAAACAGAACUUACAAGUAUGGCUCUAUUGAGAAUGUUAAAAAUGGUUAUGUAAACCCAGAGCUGGCUAUGCAAGGAGAAAAACCCAAAAACCUUGCUGAACAGACUCAGAGGGCAAUGACAAUGAAGUCACUGCUGAGGGCGCUGGUGGGCAUGCCUCCCCACUAUCGCUGCCUUUGUAUCAGCCACCUCAUUGGAUGGACUGCAUUCCUGUCCAACAUGCUCUUCUUCACGGAUUUCAUGGGCCAGAUUGUGUACCAUGGAGAUCCCUACAGUGCACACAAUUCCACAGAGUUUCUUAUCUAUGAAAGAGGGGUUGAGGUUGGAUGUUGGGGCUUAUGCAUCAACUCCGUGUCUUCCUCACUCUACUCUUAUGCUCAGAAAGCUUUGGUAUCCUCCGUCGGAUUAAAGGGUCUUUACUUCAUGGGUUUUCUGCUCUUUGGCCUUGGGACAGGAUUUAUUGGGCUCUUCCCGAACGUCUACUCCACCCUGGUCCUGUGCAUCUCAUUUGGGGUGAUGUCCAGUACCCUAUACACCGUGCCCUUUAACCUCAUUGUCAGGUACCACCGCGAGGAGGAGGAGAAGCGGCAGACCCCGGAAGGGGCCCCGGAUGGCAGAGCCAGGGGAAAGGGUGUGGACUGCGCUGCCCUCACCUGCAUGGUGCAGCUGGCUCAGAUCCUGGUGGGAGGAGGCCUGGGCUUUCUGGUCAACUCAGCUGGGAGUGUCAUCGUCGUGGUGAUCUUGGCCUCCGCAGUGGCACUGAUCGGCUGUUGCUUUGUGGCUUUCUUUGUUAGAUACGUGGAUUAG